AUGCCCGAAAAAUUACGUGACCCUUGGGCUCGUCGUGAAGCUUGGAGAAAUCAACCGCCAUUUACUUUUCGUCAUUCGAUAAGACAUAUUUGGCCAGGUUUCACUUGGGGUCUUGGUGCUUUUGCCAUUUAUCUUGCCUACGAUACUUUGUUCGUUCGUGAUAGUCACCAUAUUGAUGGUAGUAAGUCUCACAAUGAAGGGGCUACUACUCAAAGACAGCACUACUAA